UUUUCACUAUUUGCCAACCCUUUUUUAAAAUUCUCUUUUGCUAGCAUCUCCUUUCUUGUUGUGUGCAUCUUCAGUAAAACUUUUGCUCUUAUUUCUUUUUUCAUUCACGCCGUGGUCAUUCCUGCCUAGUGUGUUCUUUAUCUGAUCAAGUUUCAUAGUCCUCCGCAGAGUCACAAAUGAUGGCGGAAUAGGAAGAACACCUUUAGCCAGCAGUUUUGGGCGAUCCAUCUCUAUUUUGCCUCGAGAACCCCACUGUCUUUGGUUCGAGGGUUGAUUCACUCUACCUGAGCUAAAGACAUAACUAAGUGCACCGGCUAGAACAAAUAAAUGCUACGAGCCUACCGGCACUAUAGUAUUGCUAGCAUUCCUAUUAAGCCCAUAUUCGCGAACGAAUAAAAGGAAGAAAAAAAUGUCAUUAUGAAUCAUGAAAAUUGUAACAGAGCCAAUGCUUUCUCGUUCUCUUCACAUUAGAGCGCCUGCCAUGUGCACAGCCUAUUUAAUUGAUACAAUGCAGGAUGUCACUUGGCGACUCACUACCCGGAAGAUGAGACCUUUAAUAAGAGACCGCCCCCUCUAUUGCAGGACCUCCAAUCGGCUCGAACUUCUCUGCGGGCGAGGUCCCGCCUUCUAUUGUUCGGUGUUGCAGUCGGCUGUCAAUCAACACGUAACAUCCUUUCCGAUUGGCCAGUGGCUCGGGGCGGGCGGGGCGCAGGCUGUCAGUCAGCGGUUGCCAGAGGAUACAAAAACAUCCCACGACAUCAAGAUGCAUGGAAAAGUCAAGCAUUUGCAGUUGAAAUUAAAAUUAGAAGGAAGAAAAAGGAGCGUAAUACUGAGGAAAUCUAGUCCCUGGAUGUUUAUACCCAUUUUAGCUAGUAUUGGUGGAGCAGUUGGACUCUGGAUUGUGUAUAUGAUUGCAGUUCAGCAUAAAAUAAUUUGUAGGCUUACCUUACAAGAUGGGACUGAUCAAUGUGAAUUACGCCCUCCUUUUAUAAGUGUUGCGGCUGACUAUCCACCAGCAAGCUCUGUUUUCGCUCAAAUUGGGAAUAUGGAAGCAAGCCUAGUGGUUACCAUUGGUAUACUUCGUUAUUCACAACUGAAGUCGAAAAUGAAGAAACCGUGGUUGAAUAUCUUUGGGGUGCUAGCACUAAGUGCAGCUGCUGUUGGAAUUACUUUAGUGGCCAAUUUCCAGCACUCUAAUAAUGAACGGGUACACAACACAGGCACAGUUUUGAUCUUUGGUUUUGGAACUGUAGUCUGCUGGAUCCAGGUUGUUUUAACAUUUCAGGCAAAUCUAAAGCAUGAAGGAAUUAAAGUUGGAAUAUUGCGUGUUAUGAUUGCAACGGCUAUCUCCAUAACUGUCAUCCUGUAUUUUUUUCUGGUUGCACAACUCAAAAUGUUCCAUGGAGCAAGAACCCAGUGGAUGUUAAUCAUGCUUUACUACCUCUACAUAGCAACAUUUGCGAUUGAAUUUCGAUAUUCAGAAUUUAAAAUUCAAUGUGCUGAUGAACAAAGUGUUUCAAAAGUCUCCACUGUCAUUGCUGAAUUCCGCUCAGAUCAUUUUAGAGACAGUUAUUAAUGAGGCUGUCUUUCCAGUAGUCCAGAAUAUUAAUGGAUACAUUCCUAACAUUUAAUUUGACAUUAAAUUUAAUGUUUUCAAGCUUUGAUUGAAGAGUAUAUUUGUGAGAUUAUUUCUUUUAACAUCUAAACUCUUCCCUCAUAAAGAUUAUCCUUUGGUAUCUUUAUCACUGAUAAUCUUUUUCAGCUCUGUCCACCAAUCUCUUGAAGAUAAUUCGAGAAAAGCAACAAAAAGCUCACCAAGCCAGCAGAUGCUCAGAUCCUGUGAAAGUACUUCUAAACAAAACUUUCAAAAAAAUGGAACCGCAAUGGGUUGGGAUAAAGUGAUGGCUGGGAGCUGGAAUCUAAAGACAUGAAGAGAGGUGGAGGGGGCUAAUAUCAGCAGAUGCGUGGCAUUAUGUAAGGUAUUUGGUGAACAGGACUGUGCACACUAUUAUUGUACUGGAGAGAUAUACAACUUUGUAUGAUGAACGUGCUACUAUUCCUGGCCUCUAUAUAUCUUAGAACCCACUUGCUAUUGGAGCAAGGGCCAAGCUUGACUGAAAAGACUUGCAUUUUAUAGCUUACAAGUUUCAGCCAGAGAGAUUAGGAGAAA